AUGAGCGAAGAGGAGAGUUCCACAACAGCGGGUAACAACAAGGACUCGAGCAUUUCGCUGCUAUUAACCAAGGACGGACAGACGUACUACGUUGACAAGAGCGGUGUUGUCGACAGCAGAAAUGUAGUCACGCCGCAAGAAUCGGACAAUAACAUGUUCUCGUACGACAUGGAUGAUGCCGACGAGGAGAGCGAUGUUUUGGACACCUCGGACCCCCGUGACAGCGCUGCGAGCCCCGAAGAACUCAACGACGAAGAAGGGUUCGGGGAGAGCGAAAACGUGUCGAAGACGUGCACGUACGACGGUUGUACGGAGACCACGACCCAGGUAGCCAAGCAGCGGAAGCCGUGGAUGUGUAAGAAGCACCGAAACAAGAUGUACAAAGACAAGUACAAGAAGAAGAAGAGCGAUCAGGCUAUGUCCAGCGGGAAACAAGAUGUAAGAAUUUACCUGGCUGACAGACAAACAUGCAGACACACACACACGGUGCUUUCUUUCACAUGUUUAUCUGUCAUAGUCCAGGGAAUCGACAAUAUGUGCAUGAUUUGGUCCCAGCCCAGUGCUAAUACAUCUGAUCCAACUCAUCAUCAUUAGUUGAGUCAGGUUUGUUAGUACAGGGCUGGGAUAAAACCCUGAUGUGGUCCUCAGGACUAGGACUGACGAAUACUGCUCUAGUCUAAAUGGAUAUGUGUGAUGGUUAUAUAUUGAACCAUGCUGUGUGUGUUGGAUCAGGAGAGCUUGGAGGAGAGGCCUGUGUCUGUGAACAAGCAGCGUCUCGGCACCAUGGGGGACCGACCGGCCAGACCCUCCCUCAUCGAACAGGUGCUCAACCAGAAGAGACUGGUGAGUCACUCACUCACACACACACACACACACACACACACACACACACACACACACACACACACACACACACACAGCAGUUAACACAUCUUAGGUUGUUGAAAUGUGCAGCAUAUUUUCUCUUCCUGUAAUGGCAACUACCAGUAUCAUGAAUUCAAACAAUGUAUUACGUCACACUAGCCUGUGUGUGUGUUCUGUGUGUGUGUUCUGUGUGUGUGUGUGUGUUUGUCCCCAGUCUCUGCUGAGGAGUCCUGAGGUCAUCAGGUUUCUACAGCAGCAGCAGCGUCUCCUGACCACCCAAAGUCACAGCCAAUCGCAGCCUGACUUCCAGGGCUGCUAA